ACUGCCUGGUGUGGGCUGUGUCUGAGCUGAAUCUCAGUGAAGGAACCGGAGUGAGGCCUUGCUGGAGGGCAGUGGGAGGCUGCAUCUGUGCUACAGACCAAAUAUACAAAAGCCAGGGGCUAAGGAACAUGCAGGGCUCACCUGAUCAAGCUGCAAAGGUCUAUGGGAGGCAGGAAAAGGAAACAGAAUCCAGAGCCCCCGUCAACUCAAGGCCUCCAGUGGGACAUGAGGGGUUGUAUGGUUGUUCAGUGGUCAGGGCGGCUGCUCCAAACCCAGUGAGAAACCUGAGGGCAGAGACUCAGACCAACAUCUCCAUCACCCUGAGGUGGGAGGAGCCUAAGCCUCAGAACUUGACCUCCUGGGUCCAGUGGCCUGGAGAUGGUGGCAGCAAUGAUACUCAAAACACAGCAGGCACCAGCGUCACAGUGGGAAGGCUUGCUCCUGCUGCUUCCUACGAAUUUCCCAUGUGGGUAGAGAAAGGUGGAGUCAGCGGCUCCCGGAAGACGCUUCUAGCCACUACAGAAUUCACUGAAGAUGGCAGCUUCGUUGAUCUGUUGAGGGUCGUGAAGGUCCCUGGUAACAGUCCACACACUUACUGCCACUUGGUACCUAGAACUGUGUGCGCUUCUGCAUGA